GUCGAGACGAACACUUUGAGAUUCCUUACGCCACAUAUCUGUGGAUAAAAGAUCUCCACUUCUAGAUUGACUGCUUUCUUUUUUCGCUUUAAGAAAUAUAUUCAUUGGAUUAGCUUUGAUUUCGUUAGUUUUGGGUUUAUAUUGAGAAUGUUGGUCGUGUUUGAGAUUAUUUUCUUUCUGACCCAACUCUUCUGGUACUGGAUGGUGUCAGUUGUGUUGUGUUUUGUACCGACCAGAUUCAUUGGUAAAGAUAUCAGAGGAAAAACAGUACUUAUUACAGGGGCAGGUGGUGGUGUUGGCAGGUUAUUGUCGGAGAAGUUUGCCGAAAGAGGCUGUCACUUGGUUCUAUGGGAUGUGGACCAGGACCUCAUGGAGCAAACGCUGAACAGUGUCCGAUCUAAAUAUAGCACCGUUGCGGUAGCCUAUAAAGUCGAUCUGACGGACAGAAAUGCUAUUUACAAGUUAGCCAAACAGGUCAGUGAAGAGGUUGGGGUUAUAGACAUACUGGUCAACAAUGCCGGGGUUGUUUUUGGUAAAUUUGUGCUGGACUCCAGUGACGACCAGAUGAUCAAGACAAUAGAGGUCAACUGUCUGGCUCACUACUGGACCUGCAAAGCAUUCUUACCGAAUAUGAUCAAACAGAACUCUGGUCAUCUAGUGACCAUCGCAAGCUCAGCUGGACUUAUGGGCGUUGCAGGUAUGGCAGACUACUGCGCCUCCAAGUUUGCAGCUAUUGGUUUUCAGGAGUCACUCAGUUUGGAGCUGGCCCACAGGGGCAUUAACGGUGUCAAGAUCACAGUGGUCUGCCCUUACUGGAUAGACACGGGGAUGUUUGAUGGUUGUACAGUGAAAUUUCCAUUUCUUCUGAAAGCAUUAAAACCAGAAUAUGUAGCAAAUAGCAUUGUCAGCGCUGUACUAAGGGAAGACGAGAUCUUGUUUCUACCUAAGUUCGUUUACUGGUCAUACUUCUUCAAAUCUGUGUUGCCAGUGAGAUGCCAGCACUUGAUACACACAUUUCUAGGAACAAUAACAUUCAUGGAUACAUUUAAAGGCCACCAUCACAAGACAAGUUAAUGUAGUCAUAACUUACCAUCACCAGACAAGUUAAAGUAGUCCUAACUUCCCAAAACAAGACUAGCUAAUGUAGUCAAAACUUACCGUAAGAAAUUUAUCCAAUCGAAUCAUACCAUCACAAGUUAAUCUUGUCAAAACUUACCAUCACAAGUAAAUCAAGAUAAAACUUACCCUCACAACUUUAAUAGAGUUAAAACUUACCAUCACAAGUUAAUCUAAUCAAAACUUACCACCACAAGAAUUUUCUAAAAUUAACAAAACAAAGUGUCGUGAUUUAGAAAAAUCGAAUCCUUAAAAGAAAUCAACGAAAAUUUCUCUUAAAGACAAUUGAAUUGAUACUUGACACAUUCCUCAGACUACAAGUAAGCUUAAUGAAUAUGUUUUACAGUAAAUCUUGGCAUUGAAUUGAAUACAUUAAAUACAUAAGUAUUCAAUGUCUGUCUCAUUAGAGCUCUCUUAAAGAUAUAUUUGUUUUCUAGUUGUAUUUCUCCUUUGAUGUUCUCUCUCUCUCUCCCCCCCCCUCUCUUUCAUUGUCUCAUUCUUUCCCAACCAUUCCUCUCGAUCUUGUUCUACUAAUGUACUGCU